UAUUUCUGGUUGUCAAAAACAAUGAAAAUUGGCAUUUGACGUUUUUAUUCAAAGGUUUUUUUAGGAUUUAUUACCAAAAGAAAUUUUAUGGCCACUUAUCUUAUUUAUAAUUUUGCUGUUUACUUUAAAUCUCUUCAUAAUCCUAUAUUAAAAUCAUGGUCGCCAAAACUUCUGGCACAUCAUGAAAGAACUUUCAUCUCUUGGAAAAACCUUGUGAAGUGCCCAACGACGAAAGGGGGAACAGGAGGGGGUGCCAAAAAGCAGAUAAGCCCUCGAAGACUGUUCAAAAUAUAUCGAUACGGUGGUAUAGCACAGAAAGGAGUACCAAAGAUGCAAACUUUCGAAUUAGACGUGUCUAAAUGUGGGCCCAUGGUCCUUGAUGCAAUGAUCAAACUCAAAGACAUGGACCCAACAUUUACCUUCAGAAGAUCCUGUCGAGAAGGUAUUUGUGGAUCUUGCGCUAUUUGUCUCCAAGGUAAAAACUGUCUGGCAUGUAUUACAGCAAUACCAAAAGCUAAAACUAUUACCCUGCACCCUUUGCCACACAUGUAUGUCCUCAGGGAUCUGGUGGUAGAUAUGACGCAUUUCUUAAAUCAGUACAACUCAAUCCGGCCAUAUCUUAUAAGGAAGAGUACACCUCGUAGCAUGGGACAGUUCCAGUACGCUCAAAGCGACGCCGACUGGCACAAGUUUGUGGGGUUGUAUGAGUGUGUGUUGUGCGCAUGUUGCGCCACGUCCUGCCCCAGCUACUGGUGGAACGGGCGCAGGUUCCUGGGGCCGGCCUCAUUGCUGCACGCCUACCGGUGGGUGAUCGACUCUCGAGAUGAAGACACUUUUAACCGUUUAUGCGAUUUACGAGACGACUUCAAAGCGUUCCGCUGCCACACAAUCUUAAAUUGUGCUCUAGCUUGCCCCAAGGGACUGAACCCAGGGUUAGCUAUUGCGAGACUGAAACGCCUAAUUACGGGAUUAGACAAGAAACCACCACCAGAAUUUGAUCCCUUGAAAUUGAGGAGCGGCAGUGGUAGUGGAAAACCUAGUUUAGAAGAAUGUAUCAAAGCUAAAUUAAAAAAAAAAAAGUGUUAAGCAAGUUAAUUACGUCUUUGUUGAUGCGGAUAUUUAAUAUAUUUGAGUUUCUUGUA